AUGUUAUUAUGGCUUUCCGGAGCGAGCCAGGAGGCAGCAAUCAUGGGAUUUUUACGACAACUAAAGAACCGAUCCAAUCUUCCUUGGGUCAUGAUCUGGGACUUCAAUGACAUUGCUAGUCCCUAUGAGAAGAAGGGUGCCAUACCUCAUCCCGAUGGCCUCAUUAGGGGUUUUAACGAUAUGCUGUCUGACUGUGAGUUGUCUGACUUGGGGAUGGUAGGGUAUCAGUUUACCUGGGAAAGAGGAAGAGGUACCGACCGUUGGGUUGAGGAGAGGUUGGAUAGGGCGGUUGGGACAUUGGACUGGUGUGUUGCGUUUAAUGAAGCCACGGUGCAUAAUAUUCAUACACUGUCUUCUGAUCAUAGUGCCAUCUGUUUGGAUCCAGAGGCACGGCUGGUGAAUAGAGUGCGUAGACAUUUUAAGUUCGAAGCUGCAUGGCUCUUAGAUGAAGAUUGUAGGAAGGUGGUGGAACAAUCUUGGGGCUUCUCGAGUGGGCUGGCGUUUGAACGAAAGAUUAGCAACUGUGGAAAAGAUUUGUGGAGGUGGGGUGGAGAUUAUUUCAGCAAGUUUGGCCGCAAAAUUCAAAAACUAAGGGGUAUCUUAGAACAGUUGCGUGGAAGCCGUAGGGAUGAGGACGUUUUCCGUUAUCAUCAAGUAGAAGGGGAAUUGCGGCGUUUGCUUGCUCAAGAAGAAAUAUUCUGGAGACAACGCUCUAAACAGCUGUGGUUGAAGGAAGGUGAUUUAAAUACAAAAUACUUUCACAGGUUUGCCUCUACUAGAAGGAAAUUCAAUCAGCUGUUGCGCAUUCAAGAUCAUGCUGGUACCUGGGUGGAUGGUGCAGAAAUGAACGAGGAGGUGUUACGGUAUUAUACUGAUAUUUUUAAGGCUGGUAUGUGUGAUGCAAAUUUGUUUAAUACUGUACAAAGCCGUGUUACAACUGAAUGCAAUGUUCGCUUACUUAGACCUAUUGAACAUGACGAAGUCAAAGCUGCUUUAUUCUCGAUGGCUCCUGAUAAGGCCCCGGGUCCCGACGGUAUGACACCAUCUUUUUAUCAGAAUUUUUGGUCAACUGUGGGGCGUGAUCUAAUUGAUUUUGUAAAGUCGUGCUUUGAGAACUGCAGUUUGCCGCCGGGAUUGAAUGAUACCAAUGUAGUUCUAACACCCAAGAAGAAAGUUCCCGAGAAGGUCUCUAAUCUUAGGCUGAUUGCGUUAUGCAAUGUUUCCUAUAAGGUACUUGCUAAGGUUGUGGCUAAUAGAAUGAAAGUGGUACUUGACUCUAUUAUAUCCCCAUCUCAGAGUGCGUUUGUGCCGGAUCGUCUCAUCUCCGAUAACAUUAUUGUGGCGGGGGAGAUUGGCCAUUACUUGAGGAGGAAAAGGGAAGGUAGUGUUGGGUGGGCUGCGCUGAAGCUAGAUAUGACAAAAGCUUAUGAUCGGAUGGAAUGGAGCUUCCUUGAGGGCAUGCUUCUAGCAUUGGGAUUCGCCCGAGGGUGGGUUGAUCUCGUGUUAUUAUGCGUGACUUCAGUUCGGUACAACAUCAUGGUAAAUGGGGGAGAAGUGGGAACUGUGAUUCCUUCUAGGGGUAUCCAGCAAGGGGAUCCUUUAUCGCCAUCUUUAUUUAUUGUCUGUGCUGAAGGUUUGUCUCUUCUAUUACAGCAGAAAGAAGCUCAAGGGCAAAUUCAUGGUGUAAAGGUAGCUAGGGGAGCACCCCCCGUGUCCCAUUUAUUUUUUGCCGAUGAUAGCCUGUUGUUUUUCAAAUCAAUUGAUGCAGAAGCACAAGAGGUCCGAAAUUGUUUGCUGCUCUAUAGUCGGGCUUCGGGUCAAGUGGUAAAUUUUGAAAAGUCGAGUAUUAUGUUCAGUACUAAUACGAGGUCUGACAUGCGAGACCAUGUGGCAUCAGUUUUUCAUGUUCAGCAGGUCCAGGACUUCGGGCGUUAUUUGGGAUUACCAUCUUUCCUCGGGAGAAAUAGAACUACGGUGUUCCGGUAUGUUGAGCAAAGAGUGAGGGAAAGGGUUAAUUCUUGGCAGAAAAAAUUAUUAACCCGUGCUGGAAAGGAGGUGCUUUUAAAGAGUGUUGCGCAGGCAAUGCCUAUAUUCUCUAUGUCAGUUUUUCUGCUCCCUAUUGGUGUGUGUCACACCAUUGAGAACAUCAUGAACAGGUUUUGGUGGCAGCAUGGCAGGGCGGUUAAUCGAGGUAUUCAUUGGAUGAGUUGGUCACGGAUGUCUAUCCCUAAACAAUACGGUGGGAUAGGCUUUAAGCGCCUUCAUGAGUUCAACGUUGCAUUGUUAGCAAAGCAGGGAUGGCGUUUACUCACUUCCCCAUAUUCCUUGAUGAGUAGAGUGCUGAAAGCCAGGUAUUUUCCUAAUGACUGUUUUCUAUCGGCUAAACUUGGUAGUAAUCCGAGCUAUAUUUGGCGUAGUAUCCUAGCUGGACAGAACUUACUUCGGGAAGGUGUUCUUCGCAGGGUAGGUGAUGGAAAAGAUACCAUAGUAUGGGGUUGGCCUUGGUUAGCAGAUUCGGUGGACUCGGCUUUACAGACUGGGUGCAUUGAAGAGUUGAAAGAAGCUAAGGUCUGUAAUCUUAUGACUGCAAAUGGUGAUUGGGAUGAUGAGGUGGUCCGUGAUCUUUUCUCUAGUUACGAUGUCCCAAGGAUUUUGAGCACCCCGAUUUCACCUAAUCAUCAUGACACUUGGUGUUGGAAAGGGGAUGUUAGAGGGCAGUACAUGGUAAGACAUGGCUAUCAUUUACUCAUGCAUAAUUUUUUAGUCCAAGAUUCUAAUGUGCUGUUUUCCGAUUGGGGUCGUUUAUGGAAUCUCCCGGUUCCUCCAAAGGUUAAGAAUUUCCUUUGGCGUUGCGUGAGAAAUAUACUACCUGUUCGUGAUGUUUUACAAUCCAAACGUGUGUGGAUUGGUGGUGGUUGUCCUUUCUGUCCAUUUGAUACGGAGACUGUAACUCAUUUAUUGUGUGAUUGUUCCAUUGCCAGGCAGGUUUGGGGCUGUAAUGACGUACUUCUUGGUAGAUCAUUUGUAGAAUUUGUGGAGUCCACUUUGCGCCAAGCCUGUGUGGAGGAUUCUGUGAACAUGGUUGCUAGAUUUUUGGUUAUUUGGCUGGUAAGAAAUGAUCUCAUUUGGCAUGGAAAGGUGUGGACAUUGGAAGCUAUGCAUAAUUAUAUUAAUGCUUUGCUUGUGACUUGGCGAGAUCUGCAGGCUACCCCACCAACUACUCAACACAUGGAUGCUAAUCCUGUUACUUGGUCACCGCCACCUUUGGGAAUGAUUUCAUGUAAUGUAGACGCAGUACUGCAUGAGGGUACAGUAACGUAUGGAGCAAUUUUAAGAGAUCAUCAGGGAGUGUUUGUGGCUGCUCAUAGCGGCCAAUUGAUGUGUGGCAAGGAUCCCUAUCUCGCAGAGGCUAUGGCAGUUAAAGAAGCGUUAGCAUGGAUUAAGAGUCGUUCUGGUGUUGGUUAUUUAGUUGAGUCUGAUUGUUUGAAUUUUUUUAAUAGUUAUAAUUCUGGUAGACAAGACUAUUCGCAUGUUGGUUUAGUUAUUCAGCAGUGUCGUAUCAUUGCUUGUGACAUUGGGAACACUGUGGUUCGCCAUGUCAGAAGGUCAGCGAAUCACGUUGCUCAUGUGCUUGCACGGGCGGCUGGUUCUUCCUCUGUCCUUGGGGAGUGGGUUUCUUCUCCUCCUGAUUGUAUUUCGGGUUUAUUUUAA